GCUCUGUGAGUAACAACUCUCAGCUGACUCAACAAGAGCGACCUGAACCUGCAGCGGGUCAUGCAGUGCUGAUUAAGUCUGAUCAGAUCUUAUCUCAGAUGAGCUGAGCUGAGCUGAGGUCCGGCGAGUAGGUGAAUGGAGCUCAAGGUAUGGGUGGACGGAGUGGUGCGGGUGGUGUGUGGCCUCUCGGAGGAGACGUCCUGUCAGGAUGUGGUCAUCGCUCUCGCUCAAGCUAUAGGCCAGACGGGCCGCUAUGUCCUUAUCCAAAGACUGAGGGACAACGAGCGGCAGCUUCUGGCUACUGAGCGUCCUUUGGAGUCCCUGGCCAAGCUUGGACAGCACAGUAAUGAGGUGCAGUUCUAUCUGCGUCGCACUGGUCCCAGCAGCAGCGACAACCACGAGCGCACUCCUUCUCUGCACAGACCUUCUGAAACCGAGCUCCCAAAACGCAACGGCCCCAAAAAAUCCUUCACCUUUAAUCUUGGCCCGUCCUCUUCCCCACGCGUCAAGCAUAAACAGAACCGCAAGACUUUUAGUCCCAAACACUCUCCCGAUCCCAGAGCUUCGCCACUUCCUCAUGCCUUCCAUCUGCCCAGCGUAUCCAGAGAGGAGGCGUUCCGGCACGUUCUUCAGCAGCAGGAGCGGCUGAAGGCCCUCGAGGCCCAGCUAGAGCUUCUGGAAUGGGAGACGCAGGCAAUCGAGCAGCAGGAGGAGCUAACUGCUGCGGAGCAGACGCUGCUAGAAGAUGAGGAGCGGUGGGAGGACGAGCUGAGGGCCGAGACGCAACGGGAGCGUGUCAUGAGGAGGCGACUAGGAGAACUCCACGCCAAGCUGGACGAGUGCGGGCGCAGCCUGCAUGAUCUAACUGCACGAUCCGAGCAGCUAGAGCAGGACAUUCAGAGGGAAAAGCUGGAGACUGAAUCUCUGCCCACACAGCUGGCGAAAGAAGGUUCAGCGGAUACAGUGCAGGUUGAGUUCCAGAGUCAAGAGAAACAGGGAGAGACGCUGAAGGCGGAGCUUCAUGAGACUGAAAAAGUUCUGGAGAAUGCAGAAAUGGUGCUGCAGGCUAAGCAGGAGCAGUUGGAUGAACUGAACAAGGAGCUAAGGCAGUGUAACCUUCAGCAGUUCAUCCAGCAGACUGGAGCACUCCCAGUCCACAGCUCUUCUCGUACAGACCUCCACCAACAGCUGGAUCAACAAGAGCUUGCUCAGCUACUGCUGGAUGUAUCGAUCGACGCUGACAUUCUGUCAAGACCCACGGCCAAGCAGUUUCUGGGGCAUCCACGCAACCUGCAGCACCCCCUGGUGUCCAGCCUCAACCCUGAGGUCCUGACAUCCAGGGAGUCUUGGAGCUAAGACCUGAAGGGCCAAGGAUCUUAAUAUAUCUAUAUACUAAAAACCACCUACUGUUCUAACAACCCUAUUUGUGUAACUAUAUAUACUGUAUUGUAUAUACAAAUGUUUACAUUUUCUUACAUUCCAGAACAUGUAUUUACUGUAAGAUAUUAUUAAAGAUUUAUCUAGAAAACGAUUACUUUGUUUAUGUAUUUAAAUCUAAUAAAGACAGUGUAUUGUAUUUCUCAUAA